AUGACAAUUACACCAGAGGUAACAGAAUAUGAAGACUUACGAUGGCCAUCAGAAAAUGGAUCAUGGUUAGAUUAUGAGGUAGAACAACAACGUGAAAGAUUUCGAAAAACACAUGAGUGUGCUGUAUUAAGUGAAACGAUUAAUAAUGGUACACAAUUAUCAACAACACCAGAAGCAGCAGAAGAAGAAAUUAAUGAUGAUCAACAAUUACAAUCACAAAACAGUGUUAGACACAGAGAGCGUACACUAUUAUUGUUAAAACUCUAUAGUGUAAUGAAACAAUUACGUGUGUAA